CAAUCAGACACCGUGGACCAUUCUCGUCCUUCAGUCCGACUUUAUAAAUGAAUCAGUACCACUAUUGCCGUCAGUAUACCCGGAGGAACCAAAUAGUGUUGUAGUGAAAAAUGUCUGCUAUAGGAAUUGAUCUUGGAACGACUUAUUCCUGCGUUGGAGUAUGGCAACAGGGAAAGGUGGAGAUCAUCGCCAACGACCAAGGCAACAGGACGACACCGAGUUAUGUUGCAUUCACGGAAACUGAACGUCUCAUCGGCGAUGCGGCGAAAAACCAAGUCGCCAUGAAUCCCCAGAACACCGUUUUCGACGCCAAGAGGCUCAUCGGGAGGAAAUUUGACGACUCGAAAAUUCAGGACGACAUGAAGCACUGGCCUUUUAAAGUCGUCAACGAUUCCUCCAAGCCCAAGAUCCAGGUGGAGUUCAAAGGCGAGACGAAAAAGUUCGCCCCAGAGGAGAUAAGUUCGAUGGUCCUUGUUAAAAUGAAGGAAACUGCAGAAGCUUAUCUGGGUAAAACAGUUAAAGAUGCAGUCAUCACCGUCCCAGCAUAUUUCAAUGAUUCCCAGAGGCAAGCGACCAAAGAUGCAGGAGCGAUUGCCGGUCUCAAUGUACUGCGGAUCAUCAACGAGCCAACUGCUGCUGCUUUGGCUUAUGGAUUGGACAAAAACUUAAAAGGCGAGAGGAAUGUACUAAUAUUUGAUCUAGGAGGAGGUACUUUUGACGUCUCGAUCCUGACUAUAGACGAGGGCUCUCUGUUUGAAGUGAAAUCGACAGCCGGUGACACUCACUUAGGAGGCGAGGAUUUUGACAGUCGACUCGUAAAUCAUUUGGCCGAAGAGUUUAAAAGAAAGUACAAAAAGGACCUGAAACCAAAUCCAAGGGCUUUGAGGAGGCUGAGGACCGCUGCAGAAAGGGCUAAAAGAACACUCUCAUCGAGCACUGAAGCUUCGAUUGAAAUUGAUGCUCUUUUUGACGGGAUUGAUUUUUAUACAAAAGUCUCCAGGGCCAGAUUUGAAGAACUUUGUUCAGAUCUUUUUAGAAACACUCUUCAGCCUGUUGAGAAAGCACUCCAAGAUGCUAAAUUGGACAAAGGAGCAAUCCACGAUGUUGUUCUUGUAGGGGGCUCAACACGAAUUCCAAAGAUACAAUCACUCCUUCAGAAUUUCUUUAAUGGAAAAACACUCAAUAUGUCGAUAAAUCCUGAUGAAGCAGUUGCAUACGGAGCUGCUGUUCAAGCAGCGAUUCUCACUGGUGACCAGAGCUCACAGAUUCAAGAUGUUCUUUUAGUUGAUGUCACUCCAUUGUCGAUGGGCAUUGAAACUGCUGGAGGUGUAAUGGCUAAAAUUAUCGAAAGGAAUGCUAGAAUUCCCUGUAAACAGAGUAAAAUCUUUUCAACUUACUCUGAUAACCAACCUGCAGUGACUAUUCAAGUAUUUGAAGGUGAGAGGACAAUGACCAAAGACAACAAUCUUUUAGGAACGUUCGAUUUAAGCGGCAUACCACCUGCACCGAGGGGGGUUCCUCAGAUCGAGGUCACGUUUGACCUUGACGCAAACGGCAUCCUCAACGUUUCAGCAAAAGACAACAGCUCCGGCAAUACAAAGAACAUAGUGAUUAAAAACGACAAAGGACGACUGUCAAAGGAAGAAAUAGAAAGGAUGGUAAAUGAUGCCGAAAAAUACAAAGCCGAGGAUGAGAAACAACAGGAGAGGAUUACAUCUCGCAACCAACUUGAGUCUUAUGUAUUCGGCGUGAAACAAGCCAUAGAUGAAUGUGGUGACAAGCUCAGCGAAUCAGAUAAAAAUACAGUGAAAUCCAAAUGCCAGGAAGCGGUCAAUUGGUUAGACAACAAUACACUCGCAGAAAAAGAAGAGUACCAACACAAACUCUCAGAAUUGCAGAAGGAAUGCAUGCCUUUUAUGACAAAACUUCACGGCAAACACCAGUCCGGAACCAACUGCAAUACAAGCCCUCCCGUUGACGACGUUGACUAAUUAUACUCUAAUUAAUGAUUUUAUUAUAGUUACCAUAAAGACUGAUGUACUUACUUUACUUUAUUAUUUAUGCUGUAACGUGACUAAAACGAUAGUUACAAAAAUAUAUUUUUAACUGAACUAAUAAUAUUUGCCAUGUUUUGUAUUGUUAUUUUUUAUUUUAUUAAAUAUGCUUUGGGUAUGUCAAUUUUUACUUAACUUUUUCCCUUUAGGAUCUAAGUAAAAAACUAAAAUAACCUUGAUGUCUGAGUGUGAUCAAAUUUCAAUCCAAAAAAACAAACUUGGACACAUUUUUUCCCCUUGAUUGGGCCAUUUUAAUGUUUCUUUUCUCACAUAGCCCUUGUGCAGGUCAAAAAAACUUCAAGAUUAAAAGUAAAUAGUUUAUAAUGAAUACAAAAUAAUAAUAAAUACUGAGGUUAUGUUUAAGAAAAUAUAAGUUUCAUAUUUUAAUCUAAAAACAAAAAGUUUCAAUGUGUGACAUUAAUUUCUCCAUGAUGGGAAACAAUUUGAGAAUCUGGUGGUUGAUGUAAUAUAUCAAUUUACAUUUUAAAUACAUACAUCUAUUAGGAAUACAACCUAAAAUGGCUUAUAACGGGAAUACAUCUCUUUGAAUGAUGAAAUCGCAUGGUCUUUGGCAUGCUUUGCUUUUCGAUAUGCGCCUGUGUACGUGUCCUCUUUCAUCGCCUGGUCGAACCCCGUCUUCAUGAAGCUGUAUGUAUUUUCGAGUAAUUUUACCAGCUCCCUUUUACGCCUGGGUGCC